AAAAAAAAAAAAAAAAAGGGAGUUUUUUUUUAGCCUACUUAUAGUUGGGUAGGAGGAAAAUUGAGAGUUUUGUUCGGUAAGGCCGUGGGUUGGCUCCCCCUCCAUUUUGAAGAAGAAAAGAAGAUCCAGGUGAGGAAGACAUGAAUAGAGGGGCGUUGCAGAGCUCAGUUAUGCAGCAACAAAUGAUGGGCUCAGAAAACCCUAGCUGGUGGAAUAUGGUGAACAGUGGCAGCAUUAGAACAUCAUCCACACAACAAUCUUCUCCCAAUAAUAACUCUCCCAAUUUCCUUUUCCCUCACUCUUCCCUUCCCUUUCCUUCUAAUUUCCUCUAUGAUUUUGCUCAAGACAAGGAUCAGCUUCCAGAAUCUUGGAGCCACCUUCUAUUGGGUGGUUUAGUGGGUGAAGAUGAUCAAAAGGGUUGUAUGGGGGGAGUGUUUCAAGGCAAGAAAUUGGAGGAUUGGGAAGAGGAGAUUUUGAAUACUAACACUACUACUCAUCACCAACAACAACAUGUUGAUGUCAAGAAGGAGAACUCAGCUCAUGCAACCUCCUGUGCCUAUGUUUAUGGACAUGGUGGUAGCGGUGGCGGUGUCGAUGGCGAUAAUUAUCCUUCGUUGCCUCCGAAACAAAACUGGUCGUCUAUCAUACCGGUCUCGUCUCCUCAAUCAUGUGUCACAAGUUUCAGUAGUAACAUGUUGGAUUUUUCAAACAAUAAUACCAACUCUCCUCCGGAUUCUCGCCCUCGACAUCCCCCUCCUGAUCGCUCCUCCGAGUGUAACAGCAAUGCAGCAGGUGGUGGGGCAGUGAAGAAGGCCAGAGUUCAAUCCUCUUCAAACCAAACCACUUUCAAGGUGAGGAAGGAAAAAUUAGGUGACAGAAUUACCGCUCUCCACCAGCUAGUUUCCCCAUUUGGGAAGACUGACACAGCUUCAGUUUUGUUAGAAGCGAUUGGAUACAUCAGAUUCCUCCACAGUCAAAUUGAGGCCCUCAGCUUACCCUACUUGGGCAACACUUCGGCAACUACGAGGCAGCUCCAACAACAUUCUGUUCAAGGGGACAUAAAUAGUGUUUUUCCUGAACACACUGACCAGGAUGAAGAGGGAAAGAAGGAUCUGAGGAGUAGAGGACUGUGUCUGGUUCCAGUCUCCUGCACCCUGCAAGUUGGGAGUGACAAUGGAGCAGAUUAUUGGGCUCCGGCGUUCGGCGGCGGCGGCGGUUUCCGGUAGACGGGGCGGUGGAGGGGAUUUGAUAGGGCAGUUACAGCAAGCAGCAAGAGUAAAAAAAGAAGAGAAUGGAGAGAGCCACAUUAUGAAACUGAUAUAACAUCAUGAGCAGUCAAUCUGCUAAAGAAAACCAAAGGCUGAUUGCUCAUGAUGCUAUGCAAACAUACUCCAACCACAAAAAUAUUAUACAAGAAGUGUGCUGUAGCAGAUGCUUUCAAAAUCUAAUCUUUUCUUAGUAAUUGUGGCUUUUAAUCUUAGUUUUAUAGUUGAAAAUGAUCAUUAUUAUUACUAUUAUUCAUGUUUUAAUGUAGUUAUUAGGGAAUGUGAUGA